UCGAUGGUGUUGCGUGCGUUAAGACGGCGGCGGCGGAGAGUUGCGUGCGGGUGAGAGAUCCAGGCCUGGGCUCGGAUUCGCGCGCCGCGGCUUCAGCGCCGCAGCGCCGCAGCGCCCGCUUUGUUCCGUGCUCGGCGCCACGCGCGUCAACGGCACGCGCAAUACCGCGCCGCGCCUACUCCCCGGCGCGCAUGCCCCGUGCGAUCAUCGCGCCUCCCCGCUACGUCACGGUUUAAAAUGAAAUGCGGUUCGUAGUUUCAACCAUUCGCCCGCCUCGCCGUCACAGUCGUACCAUCGGUCGCCGCGAGAGGUCUUCACCGGUCCCCGUAUAGUUUACGAGAUCUGCGAGCUGUCGUCCGACCCUAUUUUGUCGAGCACUCGAAAGGGAGCGUGGUAGCGCCGGUAUCGAUCUGAGCGCUUCUCGUGGCUGCUCGUGCACGACGCUCUCUCGGGAUAUUCGGCUAGCGGUCGCCGUCGGCGCCGGCCUUACCGCGGUGUUUACGCGCCGCCUCUACCCGUUUCAUUCGCGUGAUGAUACUCGCUCGAGUUAAUUGAUAGCGCGCCGCACGCACCUGCAACUACACGACUGCCGACUACGACUGCUCUACUCGCGCCAACUUCAUCGAUUCACACUAACAAAAACUUUCGAAGUCAAAAUGGGCUGCUUCGUCAGUAAAGAUAAACUCACCAAGGAGGAUAUGGAUUUCCUCAAAACUCAUACAUCUUAUGACGAGACUACCAUCAAAGAAUGGUACAAGGGAUUCAAGCAAGAUUGCCCCAACGGGCGUCUGACGCCGGCUAAGUUCGUAGACAUGUAUAAGAUGUUCUUCCCGUCCGGCAAUGCCGUCGAGUUCUGCGACCAUGUUUUCCGCACCUUCGACAUGGAUAGGAACGGAUACAUUGAUUUCAAGGAAUUUCUGCAGGCGAUCCAUGUUACCUCCAGCGGAACCCCCGAGGAAAAGCUUAAGUGGGCUUUCCGCAUGUACGAUGUCGACGGCAACGGUGUGAUUGACAUCCAAGAAAUGACCAAGAUCGUCCAGGCGAUCUACGACAUGCUCGGCGCUUGCUCCAGCAACCGGCCGGCUGAUUCCGCCGAGGAGCGCGCUAAGAAUAUCUUCGCGAAAAUGGACGAGAACAACGACGGCCAGCUCACUCAGGAGGAGUUCCUCAAGGGCUGCCUCCAGGACGAGGAGCUGUCAAAGAUGCUUGCGCCCUAAGCUGGCGUAGCGCCACACUAGCCGCAGUCCGGUCGCACAAAAACACUUUUAAUUUGUAUUUAGGUAAGCGAUAACCCGACGGCGUUCACUUGCACAACCCUAUAUAUUUGAAGAUAACGCGACAUCUUUCGUCAUCUUUUCGGUACUGUUUUCGAUUGUAUAUAUUAUCAGUCAAAAAUUUAUGGUAACAAAAAAAACAAUGAAAAACCGUAAUUCGUUAAAAUAACAUUAAAAUGACAUCUCUAUGGAACCAAUGAUAAUAUAAAAAGAAUUACUACAACACCAUCCCUAGUGUAUGGGACGCACAAAACUUAUUAAUUAUCUUGGAUAUUUUUAUUAAAAUAGACGCAUUUCAUGUGCCAUAUUAUGAGUGAACAUAGUGCCGCUGUCGGAUUAUCCAGAUCGGGAUCUCAUUACAGUAACCGAAACGUAAUAUUUUUCAUUCUGUUACGUCACCGGACUGUUUUAUCGGGAUAAAUGUAUUCUAUGUCUUAUGAAUCUUCAUUGUGCUGCACAUUUGUCAAUCUUAAUUUAUUUGUAAGGAAACAAUUAGCGUUACAUGUAAGGGGAGAGGAUCAGAUUGUAUUUAGAUCAUACAGAUAUAUGUUUUCACACGAGAUGGGACUCACCUGAGAAUGCAUUACUGAUGUUGUUAAGACGCAAAUUUAUGCUACUUUCACACGAAGACAGUAAACGGUCAGACAUUAUUUGUCAAUACAGAGUCCCUAGCCCUCGGUAUUUGUAACAUCAUUGUCAAAAGUUAGCUAACAGCACAUCAACAAAUAUUAUAAAAAACAAAUUAGUACUGUUCUGUCCCAUUGCUCUAUACCUCUGUGCGGACUCGUGUGAGACUAUAACUACCAUGACGGGUGCACUUCGACUUACCGUUAGCAAUCUGAUCAUCUCCGUUGAUGGUUAAGUCUAAUUAUGUAACUUUAACCAAAAACUUAUUUAUUAAUAAGAAGCGUAAAUAAUAACGUCAAUAUUGGUGUAUAUUCAUGUUCAUUAUUGGUGUUUUCAUCUAUUCGCGAAAUUUUAUCCAUCUUGUAUGGGUUAAGUUGUAAACUGCAACCCUUUAGAUUAAGCAACUUCCAGUUUUAAUUUAAUGCUUUACCAAAUAACAUGUCGUAUAGUGCUCCAAGAUUUUUUUUAAUUAAUAACUCUAGGUGUAUUUAAGUAUUUAAACUUAUCUAUAACGUCAUUUCCUUCUGUUCUGCCUACCCACUACUGUGCCUUCUAGUUCUCUGUACAAAUAGGUUAUUCAGUACUUUAUUUAUUUUAAACUUUAAGCCUUCCCUAACUAUCUAUUUAACUCUGUACAUUUAUAAAUGAAAGUCAUUUUUAGUUUAAUAAUUUUAUUAACAAGGUGUACUUAAGUUAGUUUCUGGUCAUGAAAAUUUUACUGAUUAAAAUUAUGUUUUAAUACGCGCUUACUUUUAAGAUCUUAUUAUUACAGUUUUCAGUGCAGUUGGAAUCAAUUUUAAAUAUAGAUCAACGAAUUUGAUAAAUUUUGUAUGACCUUGUACCACACAGAAACAUCUGGUUUAACAAGCUUAUUGUAAUGUCCUCUCCGCAGAUAGAAGAAAUCUGGUUCCCAUACGGUGGUAAAUAAUUUUGUGAAAUAUUUAAAAUUAAUAUUCUGCACUGAAAAUUAAUAAUUUGACCAAUGGACAUUCCAUGUUUUAUAUUAAUUGUAAUGUAUUACCUACUUUAGUGUUUGGAAUGAAUUUAUUGUUCUUUCUUUGUAAAACUUUUUUCACUUUUUAUUUAUUUUACAUGUUUAAUAUUAAAUUUACAUUUUCGGAAUAUUUUACAGCUCGGUUUAAUAGAAAUUAUAUUAUCUGUGCGUAACAAGUAGAAAUACGCAUUACAUUUUACUUUUCUGG